AUGGGAGCACACAGCUCCUGUGCCCCUGCCUGGGCCACCCUCACUGAUCUCCAUUCCUUCCACUUUGUCACAGGUCCCAGUGAGGUUUCUCUCCACAGACCUGGACUGAAAUCAGGGAGCUGCCCUGGAGACACGUUCACUUGCCGCAACACCCAGUGCGUGUGGAAGCAAAACCCCGAAUGCGACGGCCAAAAAGACUGUGCCGAUGCCUCUGAUGAAAGGAGCUGUGACUGCGGGAGCCGCCCGGCCAUGCAGACUGCCAGCAGGAUAGUCGGGGGCUCAGAGGCGUCCAGAGGGGAGUUCCCAUGGCAGGUCAGCCUGCGAGAGAACAACGAGCACUACUGUGGAGCUGCAAUCCUCACCGAGAAGUGGCUGGUGUCUGCUGCUCACUGCUUCACCGAGUUUCAGGACCCAGCCAUGUGGGCAGCUUACACAGGGACCACCUCCCUCAGGGGCUCCGAUAGCGGCGCAGUGAAAAUGGACAUCGCACGGAUCAUCCCGCACCCCUCCUACAAUACUGACACAGCUGACUACGACGUGGCCGUGCUGGAGCUGAAGAGACCUGUGACCUUCACCAAGUACAUCCAGCCUGUCUGCCUGCCAGAUGCUGGGCAUCACUUUCCCACCAGCAAGAAGUGCCUCAUCUCCGGCUGGGGCUACCUCAGGGAUGAUUUCUUGGUGAAACCCGAGUUCCUGCAGGGGGCUCCGGCCCAGACCCUGGGCUCCAGCCUCUACAGCCAUGCCCUCACAGACAGGAUGAUGUGUGCUGGCUACCUGGAGGGGAAAAUCGACUCCUGCCAGGGUGACUCUGGUGGGCCCCUGGUUUGCCAAGAACCAUCUGGCAAGUUUUUCCUGGCAGGAAUAGUGAGUUGGGGAAUUGGAUGUGGUGAAGCCAGGCGGCCUGGUGUUUACACACGUGUUACCAAACUCAGAGACUGGAUCUUGGAUGCUAUUUCUGCCUUCCCCAGCUCCACAGCCCACACUGUCCCUCUCAUACACUCCGGUACUAACAGCAGCAUGGUCAGCUCUGAGGAGCUCAACACCACCACCACCACCACCACCAGUGGAACAAUCACCAACACUUCACCAGCCCCAGUUGCCAGCAAGCCAGUGACUGCAACGAGACCACAAGAGUGUGGAGGACGACCUGGGUUCUCUAAACCCAGCAGGAUCGUGGGAGGAACAGAUGCUUCCAGAGGAGAGAUCCCUUGGCAAGUCAGCCUGAAAGAAGACUCAAGGCAUUUCUGUGGAGCCACCAUAAUUGGGGACCGCUGGCUGCUGUCGGCAGCUCACUGCUUCAACGAGACAAAUCCAGAAGAGAUCGAAGCCUACAUGGGAACAACCUCACUAAAUGGAACAGACGGGAACGCAGUGAAAGUCAACGUAACGAGAGUGAUCCAACAUCCCCUCUUCAACCCUGUUUUUCUGGACUUUGAUGUGGCUGUACUUGAACUGGCAGAACCUCUUGUCUUCAACCAGUACAUCCAGCCCAUCUGUCUCCCACUUGCUGUGCAGAAGUUUCCAGUUGGCAAGAAAUGUGUAAUUUCUGGGUGGGGGAACCUCCAAGAAGGGAAUG